AUCAAAGUGUCGUUGAUAGAAACUCGCCAAAAUCCCAAAAGGGUAGCGGUCCCUUCUUGUCCACCGCUCACAACACAGCCCACCCAAGAAACCCCUGGACCACCUGGAGGAUCUGAGGCACAGAACCGACUCCACACCGAACCGAAGCGUGAAACCGGGUCUACUAGAAGCCACCUCUCUAUCCAAAACACCUUGAGAAACACAUUGUGCCGUGACUGUGACCAAAGAACCACUUCCGCCUCCGGAACAGUGAUGUCGUUGGUACCGGCAAGUGGAACGGGCCGAUUUUGGGCCCGCUCGGCCAAGAUCAUUCGCUUCGUGCGCCAAGGAUGCACCAAUCGGCCGUUCUUCCACAUCGUAGUUAUGGAGAGGCGUAAGGAUCAAUAUCAACCUCCUAUUGAACAGGUAGGAACGUACGAUCCGAUUCCGAACGAGCACAAUGAGCAGCUUGUAUCAUUCAACUAUGAGCGAAUCCGGCACUGGAUAGGAAGUGGAGCCCACAUCUCGCAACCGGUCGCCGAACUGUUAGGUAUUGCCGGUCUGCUGCCCAUUCACCCGCGCACGUAUAUGACAGCCUGGCGCAAUCGACAACUGGCGGAGAAGAUGGCCCAAAUUGAGGCCGUAAAAAAUGCAGAGAGCCCUGAGGGACCUAGUAGUAGUUAAUGCGUUACUGCCGCGUAGCAGACAUUUGAUAAAUGUUUAGAAUAAAACGUAAGUAAU